UUAAUAAUAACGUCCGACUGGAAACACGUUCUACAGUGGAACUGUUACUCGAGUGGGGGCUGCAAAAAAUGCAACACUGUAAACAUCACGGAGCUGUCUUUCUGAAGAAGUAACUGAAGAAAACAAAUACCAAGAUGGGUGAAGUGUCUGCAGACGCCGUCACUCUAGAUCUGCUGAGAGAAGCCAGGGAGACGGUGAGAAGCAGCCCCCUGGGUGUCAUCAACACUCCCACAAUCCCCUGGUGCCAGACAACCCUGCCUCUUAACAUCCACUGCAACAUCCACAUCAAACUGGAGAACAUGCAGAGAACUGGGUCAUUUAAGAUCAGAGGAGUGGCCAAUCAGUUUGCGAGGAGACCAAAGGGAGGUCAUUUUGUCACCAUGUCUGCUGGGAACUAUGGGAAGUCUUUUGCAUAUGCCUCAAAACACUAUGGGUCAAGGGGCAAGGUGGUCAUGCCAGAAACUGCCCCAGUGUCCAGAUCCAUCCUCAUACAGAGUUAUGGGGUGGAGGUGGAGCGAGUUCCCACCUCCUGUCUGAUGAAUGUGGUGAACCACUCUGUGCAGGAGGACGACAUGACCUUCCUGCAUUCCUAUGAUGACCUGGAUCUAAUAGCAGGACACGCCAGUCUUGGUAUGGAGUUGCUGGAGGUGAUUCCUGAUCUCGGUGUGGUGGUGGUGUGUUGUGGCGGCGGGGGGCUGCUGGCCGGUGUAGCUGCUGCCAUCAAACUAUCAGGCUGUGAUAAGACCAGAAUCUAUGGUGUGGAACCAGAAGGAGCCUGCACCAUGUACAAAAGCUUCAUUGAGAAGAAGCCUGUGGGGAUGGAUGCCAAGAGCAUCGCCUCUGGACUCGCACCACCUUUUGCAGGCACGCUGCCCUUUGAGUUGUGUCGCCGUUAUGUGGAGGGGAUCGUCCUUAUAAAUGACGAGGAGAUCAAAGCAGCGGUGGACACUCUCUACAGGGCCGGACUCGUGGUGGAGCCGUCGGGGUCUGCUGCGUUUGCCGCCAUCAUUAGCAACAAGAUACCUGAACUGGAGGGGGAAAACGUGGCGUGCAUCCUCAGUGGAGGGAACAUUGAAAAGGACGAGCUUGCCAACUUUUCAAACUGACAAAUAAACACUACAGUAAUGUGACUUUUCUAACAUGA